UUCAGCUGGCUCGCUCAGCGCUCAGCCUCAGACCGUGUUCAGCCGCGAUCGGCUCAAGUCGUGCCGCCGUUCGUCACCCAUCGGCAAUCGUCGUCGGGCUCUGAUUAUCGUCAUUUUCGUAAAUACGCUGCCGAAGAGCAGGAAUAUGACUUCUUCGGGGAUGUUUGGUGCCGUCGUCGCGCUUAAGAUGCUUUUGUGUUGGUGUCUCGUGGUGGGAGACCUGCAGAGUGGUGGUGGGACUGUUGCUGCGGGGGGUGAGCCUUGCCAGCCGGAAAAAUUGACGGUGUACAGGGUGGUGUUGCACACGUUUUGGAGCAGGGAGAGCUUUCCUAAGCACUAUCCGGAUUGGAGGCCUGCGGCGCAGUGGUCCAAAAUUUUCGGUCGCAGCCACGACAAAUCGUACGUGCUGUUCCGUCUGGGCAAGAAGUCCUCCGCGGGGGUGAAGGCCUUCGCAGAGACGGGCCGCAGCGACCUGCUGGAACAGAUGGGGCAGGGCGGAGGUGGCGUAUACGACGAGUUCAACGCGCCCCCUAUAUCCGCGGGGGUGGGGAGGACGGAGGCCGAGUUCUUCGUUGACGGCAAUCAUUCAAGGAAAUAUAAGAAGUUGAGCGGGAAAAUGAACGAGCGGACAUUCGUAACGAUGAAAAACGUUUCUAAUAUUUCAUUGGCUAGAAAUAGUCCGGGAAAUAAGUCAGCCACCCUUAUUAUGGCAAAUAUUCUAUUGUUUUUUUUUCUUUUUGCAGGUCGCAGCCACGACAAAUCGUACGUGCUGUUCCGUCUGGGCAAGAAGUCCUCCGCGGGGGUGAAGGCCUUCGCAGAGACGGGCCGCAGCGACCUGCUGGAACAGAUGGGGCAGGGCGGAGGUGGCGUGUACGACGAGUUCAACGCGCCCCCCAUACCCGCGGGGGUGGGGAGGACGGAGGCGGAGUUCUUCGUCGACGGCAAUCAUUCAAGGGUAUCUCUCAUGUCGAGGAUCGUGCCCUCUCCCGAUUGGUUUAUCGGCAUUGACAGUUUUGAUCUGUGCGUCAAUGGGAAUUGGCUGGACAGCAUCACCAUCGAGGUGGAUCCCAUCGACGCUGGUACAGACAACGGAUUUACCUUCACAGCACCUAACUGGCCCACAGAUCCCCAAGGAGAAGCGUACAGGAUAACAGCUCAUUAUCCUGCCCAUCCAGCGGGAUCCUUCUUUUAUCCUUAUAUAAAACGAUUGCCACCCAUAGCUACCUUUCAGUUUAUCAAAAUUAAAGAAUACGAACUCUCGGAAGUAUUCCACCAUUCCGAAGACGACCGAAGGUACGACGUUCUGAAAAUGGAGAAUCUUGCUCCAAGCAAUCUAAACUCGUUGGACAAUAACGACAUUGAAACUGCCAUAGAAGAAGAGAGACAAGAACAAGAGCCCCAUCAGAAACAAAAAGUUAGACCUCGUAAUAGACAGAAUACGAACUAUUAUGGUGAUUACAAGAGAUACACUCUGUCAACGCCUCAAAGUACCAGCAUGUAUACUGACGAUAACAGCUUGAGUAAUACCAUACAUCCAAAUGACAUACCGGUUACGCAACCCGCAUCAUUUCCUGCAGUCGUACCUAGAGGUGACAAAGAAGCCAUAAUGAACAGUAUCGCAGACUCGUACUUGAACCAAAGCAAAGAAAAAUCACCACACAAAAAGUACAGGAAAUUGAAGAAAGCGCCAAGGAAAACCCGUCCACCACGUGACUGCCGCGUAACCGAAUGGUCCUCAUGGAGCCCCUGCAGCAAAUCAUGCGGCAUCGGGGAGAUGCAGCGCAAGCGCGAAGUGGUCAAGCACGCCCGGAGAGGCGGCCGUCUAUGUCCACCUUUACUCGAGACGAAAUGGUGUGGCAGCGCGAGGUCUUGCAACAAAGAAUAUUUCAAUUGGUAAAGGACAACGUGGAAGAAGAUACAAGCGGAGAAAUGAAUAAUUCACCAGCAAUGCCAAAAACUAAUCAUAUUUCGACGUAAGAGUAUGUAGCAAAAAAAACGAGUUAGGAUACUAAACGAUUGUUCGUUCAGUGGGUUGAAUCAGUUCUGACUGUAAAGUUGCGUUUGGGCAUAAAGUAGAAAUAUUCUAGGACUGUAAUAAUCUACUCUUGUUUUGAAAAGUGUGGUUUCAUCUAAGAUUCGAGCAUUACAUUUAUUUGGGUAGCCAAGUGAUAUAAGCGUCUGCUUGAAAGUCAGAGAUUGAAAGUUUGAUCUGAUUUGAUCAAUAGGAAUGAAGUAUACUGCAAUCUUUAAGUCCUAUUUGUUUUAACUUCGAGGGUACCUAUAGGGAUUUGUAGUUACUGCUAUACUGAAAUUUCUAUUCAAGAUAUUAAGUAUAUCCAGUUGCUCCAUUUGGGAGGCUAACAUCAUCAUCAUCAUUUUCAGCUUAUUCAACCAUUUCUAAUUAUGGUGUAGCCUCACUCACGUAUUUAGAUACUCUAUUUGUAGUUGGGCCCAAGUUAUCCCUGCUAAUUUCCUAAUAUCGUGGUCCCAUCUCAGGUUUGGUCUUCCUGGAUAGGUCUCUGGAUUCCUCGUGGGUACCAUAUUUUUUGUGGUCCAUUUAUUGUCCAUCCCUCUUGCCAGGUACCCAUUGCCACUUGAGGGAUUUGAUUCUGUGGAUAACAUCUAUUAUCUGGAUAUUUAGUUGUACCCACUCUAUUCUUUUACGAUUUCUCUUGGUUAUUCUCAGCAUAUUUCGUUCCAUUGAGCGUUGUGCGACCUGCAGUUUCCUUAUAAUGUCCCUUUUAAGUGUCCAGGUUUCGCAUGCAU